AGUGUCUUGUCGUCGGAAUGAAAAAAGAAUUGAUCCGAAAUGACGAGCAAAACAGUACUCGAAGGCAAUUGAUUAUCAAAAACAAACUCAAACUAAAUCAAGACAUAGAGAGUGACGAUAACAGUAUUGACAAUAUUAUCAUCGACUCAAAUGAUGGCCAAAGUAUUGGCGACAAAGACUUACUGCAAGAACUGAUUGAAACAACUAUUGAAUUAAGUGACGACGAGCUUCACAAAGACAUUGAUGUAAUGCAAUGUAUGGCCACAAACAACACCAUCGAUGACCGGGAAGUGGUUCAGGUGUUCAGUAAAAUACGGGGCAUUAAACCCGUGUUUCGAGAGCUCACAGAUUAUAACGGCUUGAAUCAGCUCGAGAUGUGUCGGGUGUCGGAGCUGUUGACCGCAUCCCAAGUGUUGAAAGAUUUGAUGACACAAUCGGUGCCAAAAAAUAUUCUUUCGCUAUUCAAGAACUCGAUCGUUGAAUUGUCAUCGCUGAAAAUAUUUACCCAGUUCAAUGAACAAAGCAUGAAGUUCAAUAUGAGCUUGCUGAUGACAAUAAUACUGUUUAAUCCCAACCGUCGGGACCUGAAGUGCAGGCGUUAUGUCAAACUCGAACAGCAAUUAUACAUAUAUUUACUGCAAAGAUAUCUACUAUUGAAAUACGGGUCCAAUUAUGAAUCGGAGACAAAACUUCAACGACUAAUGAAUUCAUUGAAAGAAUUGAGAAUUUGUAGUGAAAUCCAUAAAAUGAAUGAAACGGAAGAAAUACGAGAAAAUAUUCAAAACUAUGGACCGCUUGUUAAAGAGGUCUAUGACUUAUAG